AUGCCGUCUCUGUCUUAUCUCGCCGCUGCUUUGUUAGCCCUCGGGCCGAUUGCCAGCGCAACUUUGUUGACGAGAGAGCAAGGGGAGUUUUGCGAUUCCCAGCCAGAUGCCGAUAUAUUGGCUCUGCACGAGGAGUUAUCCAAGGACGAGUCACGCCUGACUCGUCGGGAUACCGGUGAGCGUAUCUCGUUGGAGACGUGGGUUCACGUUAUUGCUACCAAUCAAACCAGGCAAGGCGGCUGGCUGACUGUAAGCUUGUGCUUCCACGUCCCCUUUUGCCUUUACAGGCCCUAUUUUUGUGGUACUCGUUUGCGUUGUUCUAAUCCAAGUUUCCUUGAGCAGAAGGCGGAAAUCGACAGCCAGAUGAAAGUCCUCAACAACGCAUUUGCACCAAGUAACCUCACCUUCAACCUCAAUGGCACAACCUGGAACCAAAACGCCUCAUGGGCCAUGCAUCCAAAGGAUUUCGAAAUGGACUACAAGACCAAGUUGCACAAAGGCACCUCGCGCACCUUGAAUCUCUAUUACUUGCCUGGCAUAUACGACGGCCUGGGGGGUUUCUGCAGAUUCCCCGGCAUAUACACCAACCGUGGCGAGGAACUGGAUAGGGAUGGCUGCGUGAUCGGUUCCUUUACCCUGCCUGGCAACCCGGGCGUCCUGGGUAUGGUUACUGUCCACGAGGUUGGCCAUUGGUUUGGUCUAUUGCAUACCUUCCACGGCGGUUGCAACGAGGAGGGUGGCGACUUUGUUGCCGACACUCCUGCCGAAGCCUCUGCCAACAACCUGGAUGAGUGUCCCGUCGGCCGCGAUACCUGUCCCGACUUGCUCGGUCUGGAUCCAGUCGACAACUACAUGGACUACUCUGGAGAGUAA